AUGUUCCGGAACGCUCUUCGACAGUCCACGCGUGCCGUGGGCGCCGUCUCUGCUGCCGGUCGGGUUGCCGCGGCCCGAAAUGCCGCACCUGCCGCCGUCAACAGCCUGCAGCUUCGAUCCUACGCCGACAAGGCCUCACCAACUGAGGUCUCUUCGAUUCUCGAGCAGCGCAUUCGUGGUGUUCAGGAGGAAUCUGGACUUGCUGAGACUGGUCGCGUUCUCUCUGUCGGUGACGGUAUCGCCCGUGUCCAUGGUCUUGCCAAUGUCCAAGCCGAAGAGCUCGUUGAGUUCGCCUCUGGCGUCAAGGGAAUGUGCAUGAACUUGGAAGCUGGUCAGGUCGGUGUUGUCUUGUUUGGUUCCGAUCGUCUCGUCAAGGAGGGUGAGACCGUCAAGCGAACUGGAGCUAUUGUCGAUGUCCCUGUUGGCGAUGAGCUGCUCGGCCGUGUUGUUGAUGCUCUGGGUAACCCCAUCGACGGCAAGGGCCCCAUCAAAACCAAGCAGCGUCGCCGUGUUCAGCUCAAGGCCCCUGGUAUUCUGCCUCGCAAGUCUGUCCACGAGCCUGUUCAGACUGGCUUCAAGUCCGUCGAUGCCAUGGUUCCCAUUGGCCGUGGCCAGCGUGAACUGAUCAUUGGCGAUCGCCAGACUGGUAAAACUGCUGUCGCCCUUGACACCAUUCUCAACCAGAAGCGAUGGAACAAUGGCAAUGACGAUUCCAAGAAGCUGUUCUGUGUCUACGUUGCUGUUGGCCAGAAGCGGUCUACCGUUGCGCAGCUCGUCAAGACCCUUGAGGAGAACGAUGCGAUGAAGUAUUCCAUUGUCGUCGCGGCGACCGCCUCUGAGGCCGCUCCAUUGCAGUACAUUGCUCCUUUCACCGGUGCGAGCUUGAGCGAGCACUUCAUGCUGACGGGCCGCCACUCUCUGAUUAUUUACGACGAUUUGUCCAAGCAGGCUGUCGCUUACCGUCAAAUGUCGCUGUUGCUCCGUCGCCCCCCUGGUCGUGAGGCUUACCCCGGUGACGUUUUCUACCUGCAUUCUCGUCUGCUUGAGCGUGCUGCCAAGUUGAACAAGGAGCACGGCUCUGGUUCAAUGACUGCCCUGCCCAUCAUUGAGACCCAGGGCGGUGACGUCUCAGCCUAUAUUCCCACCAACGUCAUUUCCAUCACGGACGGCCAAAUCUUCUUGGAGUCCGAGUUGUUCUACAAGGGUAUCCGUCCCGCCAUCAACGUCGGUCUUUCCGUCUCUCGUGUCGGUUCCUCCGCCCAGCUCAAGGCGAUGAAGCAGGUUGCUGGCUCCCUGAAGCUUUUCUUGGCCCAGUACCGUGAAGUGGCUGCUUUCGCCCAGUUUGGUUCUGAUUUGGAUGCCUCGACCAAGCAGACCCUGGCCCGUGGUGAGCGGUUGACUGAGCUUCUCAAGCAGAAGCAAUACUCUCCCAUGGCUGUCAAUGAGAUGGUUCCCCUCAUCUUCGCCGGUGUCAACGGUUACCUCGACAACGUCCCGGUCGGCAAGAUUCUGCAGUGGGAGGCUGACUACCUCGCUCACCUGAAGUCCAACGAGGCUGAGUUGUUGGCCACUAUCGACAGGGAGGGUGCCUUGAGCAAGGAGACGGAAGCUAAGCUGAAGGAGAUCACCCCGGCCUUCAUCAAGAGCUUCCUCGGCUAA